AUGAAGAGCAGCACGCUGUUUGUGAUCCUGGUUCUCCAGGCAGUUCUGGUCAUUGGAAUGUUUGCAGCUGUGGCUAAAGAAAACGCUGCCGUGGGCGAGAGCAAGGGCAACAUGGAGAGCAACGGUGGCAAGCUCGGGUGCUGCACCAAGUGCAACUUCUCCUUCUCCGGCCUCUACACCUGCGACGACAUCGUCGGCAAGUGCGACCCCGUCGGCAAGGUCUGCACCGUCGUCAAGAAGUACCCCGUCAAGCAGUUCCAGUGCACCGACACCUUCCUCGGCAUGUGCGGCCCACCAUGCAAGAAGAACUAG